AUGCCGACAGCCCGAACUGCAAUAGGCAUAACCACUCCAGCUAUGGAAGAAGGAGCCAUAAAGUCAGACGCUACCCCACAUGCCAUCCCUUUAGAACGACCAAAGAGCGGCAAUGCAUGCACUGUAGGUAUCCUGGAGGACAAACUGUAUGCACAAAAGAUGAACGAGACCAUAGAUAUUGGAGUGUUCCACAAACUCAGUCAAGUAAUUGUUCAUACGCACCAACCAGAUUGA